AUGUCGCACUCUCGUCGUGAAGAAAUUACCAACCGUCUCAAACAAUUCAACGCAGGCGACCAAUACGAGAUUAUCGACGUGGUUGGUGAAGGUGCCUAUGGCGUUGUCUGUUCGGCUGUCCACAAGCCUACAGGCCAAAUGGUUGCCAUCAAGCGCAUCUUGCCCUUUGACCAUGCCAUGUUUUGUUUGCGUACGUUGCGCGAGAUCAAGUUGCUAAAGUACUUCAACCAUGAAAACAUCAUUUCCAUUCUUGAUAUCGUCAAGCCACGAUCGUAUGAUGACUUUACUGAAGUUUACCUCAUUCAGGAAUUGAUGGAAACGGACAUGCACCGAGUGAUUCGAACACAAGAUCUAUCCGAUGACCAUUGCCAAUACUUCACUUACCAAACAUUGCGUGCGCUCAAGGCGAUGCAUUCUGCCAAUGUCCUCCACCGUGAUUUGAAACCAAGCAACCUGUUGCUCAACGCCAACUGUGAUUUGAAAAUCUGUGAUUUGGGUUUGGCUCGUUCUUCCAACUCGGCUGAUGAAAACAGUGGAUUUAUGACCGAGUAUGUCGCGACACGCUGGUACCGUGCGCCUGAGAUCAUGUUGACGUUCAAGGAGUAUACCAAGGCGAUCGAUGUCUGGUCCGUCGGCUGCAUCCUUGCCGAGAUGCUCAGUGGCAAACCCUUAUUCCCCGGCCGAGAUUAUCACCACCAGUUGACCCUUAUCCUUGAUGUAUUGGGAACUCCCACGAUGGAUGACUUUUACGGCAUCAAGAGUCGAAGGGCACGAGAUUAUAUCCGAAGCUUGCCAUUCAAAAAGCGCAUUCCCUUUUCGCGUCUCUUUCCCAACGCCAAUCCCAUGGCUGUGGAUCUACUUGAAAAGCUCUUGACAUUCAACCCAGCGAAACGUAUCACAGUGGAAGAAGCAUUGAAACACCCAUACCUUGAGCCAUACCACGAUCCUGAUGAUGAGCCCGAUGCUCCUCCGAUCCAUGAAAGCUUUUUUGAUUUUGACAAGUAUAAAGAUCAGCUUACCAAGGAGCAACUUAAACAGAUGCUGUAUCAUGAAAUCACCCAAUAG